UGAUGGCUUGCCUGGAACAGUUCAAUGUCAACAAUGACAGAUUUGUUUUCCUGGGGGAGGUAAAGGUAGUGCUUGUGUUCUGCCUAUGGGGGACUGAUGUCAGCAGGGCUUAUGUGUUUCAAGCCAGCCGACCUUCAGAAGGAGGAGACAACCCACCGCCUCAGACUAAAGUGAUCUCUGAGUGGAUCAGCACAGCGGGCUCCUGUAAGGGGAGGUGCUUUGAGCUGGAGGUGGCCGAUCCUCCAGGAUGCAGAUGUGACAAUCUGUGUAAAACCUACUACAGCUGCUGCAGUGACUUCGAUGAGCACUGCCUGAAAACAGAGGGAGGUUUCCAGUGCACGCAGGACCGCUGCGGGGAGGAGAGGAAUGACGAUAAUGCCUGCCACUGCUCGGAGGACUGUCUGGAGAGAGGAGACUGCUGCUCCAACUACAAAUCCACCUGCCAAGCUGAGACAUCGUGGUUACAAGGAGACUGUGAGGAGAUCAAGACUGCUGAAUGCCCUGCAGGCUUCAUCCGUCCUCCUCUCAUCAUGCUGUCUCUUGAUGGGUUCAGAGCUUCCUACCUGAAGAAAGGCAAAUCCGUCAUCCCCAACAUUCAUAAACUCAGAUCAUGCGGUACGACAGCACCAUACAUGCGGCCGGUCUACCCAUCAAAGACCUUUCCAAACUUAUACACCCUUGCCACAGGUCUGUACCCGGAGUCCCAUGGGAUUGUGGGAAACACCAUGCAUGACCCAAUAUUCAAUGCCACUUUCAACCUACGUACCAGAGAGAAACUGAACCACCGCUGGUGGGGCGGACAGCCGAUUUGGAUCACGGCAGAGAAACAAGGAGUAAAAGCAGGGACUUUCUUCUGGCCUUGGGUGAUUCCUCUUGAAAGAAGGAUUUUGACCAUCCUGCGGUGGCUACAUCUGCCUGAUGAUGAGAGACCGUAUGUUUAUGCCGUCCACUCUGAGCAGCCAGACACCUUCGGACAUCGCCUGGGCCCGCUCAGCAACGAGCUGGACAACCCUCUGAGAGAAAUAGACAACAUCAUCGGUCAGCUGAUGAAUGGACUGAAGCAGAUGAACCUUCACCGCUGCGUCAAUGUCAUCAUUGUCGGAGACCAUGGUAUGGAAGAGGCCCACUGUGACACGAUAGAGUUUCUCAGCAGCUACCCUCUCAACAUAGACGAGAUCACACUGAUCCCAGGUUCGCUGGGGAGAAUACGGCCACGCGAUCCCAAAUCCACCACAUAUGACCCAAAAGUCGUGGUUGCAAACCUCACUUGUAAAAUGCCAACUCAGCACUUCAAGCCGUACCUAAAGCAACAUCUGCCCAAGAGGCUUCACUACGCCAACAACCGCAGGAUUGAGGAUGUCCACCUGCUGAUGGAGAGGAAGUGGCACAUUGCCAGGAAAAUGCCAGAAAAAUCAAGAUCUCGGUGUGGUUUCUUUGGUGACCACGGUUUCGACAACAAGAUAACCAGCAUGAAGACGAUCUUUGUGGGUCACGGACCGAGUUUCAAAUUUCAGAAAUAUGUGCCAGAGUUUGAGAAUAUAGAGUUAUACAACGUCAUGUGUGACCUGCUGGGGUUGAAGCCAGUCCCCAACAACGGGACGUACGGCAGCCUGAAUGACAUGCUGAAGGAGCCGCCGUUCCAGCCCGCCAUGCCGGAGGAAGUCACGGCUCCCUCGCCGGCGUCGGGCCCGGGCAGCCAGGUCAUCGACGACCUGGGCUGCAGCUGCGACGAUGCGAACAAGGUGGAGGAGAUAAUUGAAGCAUUCAGUCCUGCGCCAGACGGAGUCUACAAUUACAACAGCACUCAUGUCCCAUUCGGGCGGCCAGCAGUGCUGUUCCAUACGGAGUACAGCCUUCUCCAUCACGUGGAGUUCCUCAGUGGAUACAGCAGAGAGCUGGCCGUGCCUCUGUGGACGGCGUACACACUUCCGCGACAGGAUGACAUGACUCCUGUCCCGAACGAUUCUCCAACAAGCACAAAGUGUAUUCAAGUGGAUCCAAGAGUUUCCCCUGAUCACAGCCAGAGCUGCACAUCCUACGGCCAGAGCAGCCAGCUCACCCACGGCUUCCUCUUCCCUCCAGAGCUGGCAACAUCUCCAGAGUCCAGAUACGACGCUUCUCUCAUCACCAACACCGUCCCCAUGUAUCCCGCCUUCAAGAGAAUAUGGAAUUACCUGCAGGGGGCGCUGCUGCACCGUUAUGCAGCUGAAAACAAUGGUGUAAAUAUUCUCUCAGGACCUGUUUUUGACCACAACUAUGAUGGUCUUCGGGACACCGCAGAGCAGAUUAAAGAGUUCUCGGCUGACGGCCUGCUCGUCCCGACACACUUCUACACCAUCGUGACGAGCUGCCAGGAGAGCAACCAGACGGUGGAGGAGUGUGAGGGAGCGCUCAGCGUGUUCUCCUUCCUCCUGCCUCACAGGCCAGACAACAGUGAAGCCUGCAAUAACGUUGAGGAUGAGUCUCAGUGGGUGGAAGACCUGCUGAAGCAGCACACGGCCAGAGUCCGAGACGUGGAGAUUCUGACGGGCCUGGACCUCUACAGAUCCACCAACUUGACUUACGUCAACACCCUAAGACUUAAAACCUACCUGCACACCUUUGAGAGUGACGACUAGACGCACAGAGACAGACACAAAUAAUAGGAUGUUUUCUUUUGUACAAGUCUUGUAUUUUCACUUCAUGCUAUCUGGAAAGACGGUGCAUAGCUGUUCCGCUCCUUAGGAACUGCCCGAGAUGUGCUUUGAAAGGGUUAUACAUUUGAAGAAAAGAAACAAUUAAAAGAAUGUGUUUUUUUUU